CCUACGUAGACACUUCCUGGUCCAAAGUUGUGUGUACUCAAAUCAAAAUCAAUUGAGCAUGAAGUCGGAUGGUAAACUCUCAUUAGAGGAAUUGCACCUCAACGGAUAUACACGCACACUUCUCUAAACUGAGGGACUGAGGGAAGUUCAAUAUAUUGUAACUUGGCUGUCUGCGUUGACGUUGGCAAACAUGAUACGAACAGGUGGACAUCAUCCACGCAACGGAUCGAGUUCUAACCAGAAACCACUGGAAGAUAACAUUAGUGUGAAAAAUGGAUAUCACAGAAAUGAAAAGGUGCAUUCCAAUGGCAAGGGAAAUGGAUUUUAUCGGUCUUGGGAUAGGGGUGAAGAUUCAUUCGAGGAGGCCCCUAUGUAUGUGGCUGUCCUGACGUACAUGGGGUUUGGCAUUGUCACCCUAUUUGGCUAUUUCAGGGAAUUAUUAAGAGCUGUUGGGCUUGAGAAGUGCAACCAGGCUCAGGAGAGAGAAGAGCAAAAGGAUUUUGUUCCUCUGUAUCAAGAUUUUGAAAACUUUUACAACCGCAACCUGUACAUGAGAGUGAGGGACAACUGGAACCGGCCCAUUUGCACUUUACCAGGUCCUGUUUUUGACCUCAUGGAAAGAGUCUCUGAUGAUAACAACUGGACCUUCAGGUUAACAGGCAGAACGAUUGACAACGUCAUCAACAUGGGCUCUUACAACUAUCUGGGUUUUGCUGAGAACAACGUGGACUUCCUGAAAACUGUAGCGGAGACGACCGUGCAAUACGGCGUGGGGGUCUGCAGCACAAGACAGGAACUUGCCAACCUCACUGUUCAUAAGACACUGGAGCAACUUGUGGCGGAGUUCUUGGGAGUGGAGUCUGCCAUGUCUUUCGGAAUGGGAUUCGCCACCAAUUCCAUGAACAUACCUGCGCUAGUGGGAAAGGGCUGUCUCAUUCUGAGCGAUGAGCUAAAUCACACCUCCCUCAUCCUGGGAGCCAGGUUGUCGGGGGCAACCAUUCGGGUCUUCAAACACAACAACAUGCAAAGUCUUGAAAAGAUGCUGAAGGAGGCUGUUUGCUCGGGACAGCCUCGUACCCAUCGCUCCUGGAUGAAGAUCCUCAUAAUGGUGGAGGGCAUUUACAGUAUGGAAGGUUCUUUGAUCCGUCUUCCAGAAAUCUUAGCACUGAAGAAAAAGUAUAAGGCUUAUCUGUACCUAGAUGAGGCCCACAGCAUCGGGGCGGUGGGGCCCACAGGUCGCGGAGUUACAGAACAUUUUGGGGUAGAUCCGAAAGAAGUGGACGUUCUGAUGGGCACCUUCACUAAGAGCUUCGGGGCUGUUGGCGGGUACAUAGCGGGCAAAAAGGAGCUGGUGGAUUACUUGCGAAGUCAUUCUCACAGUGCAAUCUACGCUACGGCCAUGUCGCCACCUGUUGUAGAACAGAUCACCAGGGCCUUGAAAUGCAUCAUGGGAACUGAUGGCACAAGAGAAGGCCAGCGUAGAGUUCAGCAGCUGGCUGAGAACACGCGCUACUUCAGAUCUCGGCUUAAGGAGAUGGGCUUCAUCAUUUACGGCAACCAGCACUCUCCCGUGGUACCGCUGCUGCUGUAUCUGCCGGGGAAAGUUGGGGCAUUCUCACGGGCCAUGUUGGAGAGGAAGAUUGGUGUUGUAGUCGUAGGUUUCCCAGCUACACCCAUCACAGAGGCCAGGGCUCGUUUCUGUGUGUCUGCCGCCCACACCAGAGAAAUGCUUGACAAGGUUCUCCAGAGUCUUGAUGAACUUGGAGACAGCAUCAGAUUGAAGUUCUCUCGUCGCAGAUGUCCUGUUCGGCCACAGGUGUGCAAUGAAACAGACUUUGAACUGGACAGCUGAUCAUUGACCGUGAGAGCAUUCGCUCACUCGCUGCUUCAGUAACCUCAGUGAGAAUGAGUUUUGAGAGUUUAAAGUGCCUUGCUAUUCGACCAAAAAACAGUUCUUCUCUUCCAAAAAAUGUGUUCAGUGUUCGUAUUAGCUUUUAAACAAUGCACGGACGGACAGGAGACGUUAUGCUUUUUCUAGCAUGCACAACUCCCAGCUUGGUCGCCAGUUCGAAUCCCACUCCGAGUGGGUCAUGUGGAACUGGUUACAAUUACACAUUUUACAUGUAUAUAUUGUAAACUUGAAUUGCUUUUUUUAACUGCUCUUUCGCAUAUUUGUGAAGUUGUAUGGUAAAUUAUCUUUUCUCAGGGGAUUGUGGUAAUAAGGAGGGACCGUGACGGCUGUGUUUGCAGAACGUUUAUCAAAAGCUGCUCUAAAUAUAUCAAACAAUUAACUUGCUUAACACUGACCUACAUCAGAAGUCUAGCUGCGGAUAAGAAAAACCUUGAAGUGGCACUAUUUUUUAUCCUGCUGCUAAGAUGGACUGAUGAAAGACUUUGCUGGUUUAUCCAGAAGUUCGUUGAUUGAAAGAGAUAGGACAAGGCCAAACGUCUGAGACCCAAGCACACUCGCAGUCAUUUAACAUUGUGGUAUUGCAUCUUUCAAAUCCCAAUAGACUCACAGGCAUUUAUUUGAAUUUCAUGUGCACGAAACUACUGAUUCCAAAAUAAAUCUGCAGAAACAUUUAUGAACUGAUUGUUAAAAACAAAUAUUUGCUUGAAAAGUUUAAGUGUUUUGUGUAUUUGUGUUAGCACAUUUUUGGCAUGGUGCGGCUGCUCAUUUGAAGGAUAAUCAUUUUGUGUUUUUACUUUGUGGUCAUUUUUUCAUGAUUGAUGAUAAAAUUGACAAGAUUUAAAUGGAACAAUUUAAAGCGGAACCGUAUGUCAUAAAGGGAUAGUUCACCAAAAUAUGAAGAUUCUGUCGUCAUUACACAUACUCUAGUCAUUUCAAACCUGUAACUUACUUUCUUCUCCAGGUCACAAAAUAAGAUAUUUUGAAAAAUGUAGGUACAGUGUGAACAAGGGUGGUACCCAUUCACUUCUAUUGUAUAAACACAAAACCAUUGCAAGUCAAUGGUCGUCUCAUUUGUGUUCUGCAGAAGAAAGACAAGAGGGUGAGUAAAUGAUGACAGUUGAAGUUUCAUUUUUGGAUGAACUAUCCCUAAGCAACCACCAGAAAACCAGAGUUACUGCAAGGCAUAGCACCAAUGAAGUUGUGGCAAGCUUUGUGGACAUUUGCAUGUAUGAGCAAACACCACUUUGAUCAAGCUUUUCUACAAUUUAAAAUAGUAUCUAUAGAAAACAUAGCACCUGACUAAAUAAAGUAAUAACCGCUGACUUCAAUUUGCUGUACAAAACGUUUGUUCUAAGGAUGAAAAGUGGUGUCUGCACACGUCCUACCAAACUACCAUCUUUGCUUUGAAUAAGCAAGAAAAAACUUAAUUGUCACUUUUGAAAGAGACCCAAAAGCGCUGUCUGAAGCUGGGGCUAAACAUGCCAGCUAUUUUGCACGAGGGCCAAUAUUCACCUUAACCUAGCAAUUAGUAUAGAGAUGCACAUUCCGCAGAUGUGGGGUAAUGACUUGAUUAACGCAGGGGGGGAUAAAGACAGAUAGUAAACGCUGCAGACAGAUGAGCUCUAGUCUGCACUUGUUGCACUAGUGUUUGAAGCAAUGUUUAUGUUAUUUCAAGAAUACCAACACCAUAGUGAUGAAGAUUUCCCAGGACUGAGGAACUUAAGGGCAAGACUUGUUGGAUGUUGUGUGCCAUUUUAGGCAUGCACUCGAGCUAAUGGGAGCUAAUAAAAGAAAGUU